AUGAACUCCACACACGACUCAACCGCCGGCGGUGUCGGACGAGUAGGACACGAACGUAUCGGGGAAGAAUACCUCACUCGGCUGGGCUACUCGAAGAAAGUCGGGUUUCUGGUAGGAUCACAUGCUGCAGCAAAGAGAUUUCUCUGCGGGACCGAUCCUGCCUAUCACGAUACGCUUUCGGGAGCGAGCAAGAAGUCGCUGGUCUUUCAAGGAGAGCCCAUGAGAGGCGACGAGCUUAAUGAGUGGGCUGCGAAUCCUUGGUGCGACGAGAUGUGCCAACUCCGAAAAUGGGACGACGCAGCGAAGGACGUAGGCCUCGAGACCGAUCCCGCAAACGCGUACGAGGCGAUGAUCGUGCGUCUGUUGAAGAGCUGA